UUUAUUUCGAAGUAUAUAACGUGUAAUUUUAUAAAUUUUACUUUUAAGAUCGGAGGGUAAUUUUCCCUCGCUUCUGCAGAAACAAUUUUUAUCCGCCGGAUCUGAAGUGGUUCUUCUUCAGAGUAAAUCAAUCGGAGAACCCAAAACCCUAGAAAGCAACCAGAAUCACAUUUCACUCUAAAAUUAUCGGCGGAAGCAGAAACCCUAGUCAUUGGUUAUAUCCGUCGCCGGCGUUAGAGGGCCGUGAUGUCGAUAGAGAUGCCAAGAGGUUUACCAUUUGCCGUCGACACUUUUGGACCAUACACGGAGACGAAGAGAAGAAAGAGACAUCAUUUCUUAACUCAUGCUCAUAAAGAUCACACCGUUGGGGUUUCUCCUUCUAACAUUGUCGUCUUCCCCAUUUACUCUACUUCCCUCACCAUCUCUCUUCUUCUUCAACGUUUCCCUCAGCUUGAUGAGUCUUACUUCGUGAGAGUUGAAAUUGGUCAAUCAGUGAUUGUUGAUGAUCCUGAUGGCGAGUUUAAAGUUACUGCUUUUGAUGCUAAUCAUUGUCCUGGUAACUUCCUUUGUACCUUUUGCUUUUGUUAAAGUCUUAGCUUUUUCCAAAUUGUGACGAAUUUCAUAAACUUCAGGAGCCGUUAUGUUCUUGUUUGAAGGAAGUUUUGGUAACAUACUUCACACUGGUGAUUGUAGGCUUACACUAGAUUGUCUACAUAGUCUACCUGAGAAAUAUGUUGGAAGAAGCCAUGGCAUGAAACCAAAAUGCUCUCUUGGUUACAUUUUCUUAGAUUGUACAUUUGGGAAAUCAUCUCACUCUCAGAGGUUUCCCACUAAGCAUUCAGCUAUUAGACAGAUCAUCAAUUGCAUAUGGAACCACCCAGAUGCACCAGUUGUAUAUCUUGCUUGUGAUAUGUUGGGACAAGAGGAUGUUCUCUUAGAAGUUUCUAGAACGUUUGGCUCCAAGAUUUAUGUGGACAAAGCUACAAACUUGGAAUGUUUCAGAUCGUUAAUGGUUAUAGUUCCCGAAAUUGUCUCUGAAGAUCCUUCUUCCAGGUUUCACAUAUUCAGUGGGUUCCCUAAACUGUAUGAAAGAACAAGUGCAAAGCUUGCUGAGGCAAGAUCGAAACUUCAGAGUGAGCCUCUUAUCAUCCGUCCUUCAGCUCAGUGGUAUGUUUGUGAUGAUGAAGAUGAUUGGAAAAGUGGAAGCAUUCAAAAGCAGAGAAAAGUUAGGUUUAGUGAAGCUGUCAAGGAUGAGUUUGGCCUUUGGCAUGUGUGUUACUCAAUGCAUUCAUCCCGUGCAGAGUUGGAAUCAGCGAUGCAACUUCUUUCUCCGAAAUGGGUUGUAUCAACAGUUCCUUCUUGUAGAGCAAUGGAACUCAACUAUGUGAAGAAAAACUGUUUUAUCAGUCGGUUUUCGCCUGAUGAUCCUUUCUGGAAGCUUCUAGACAUCGAUAUGGAAGCUUCUCCAGUUGCAGCAGCUGAUACUCAAACUGUAGCUCUUAGUUGCUGUCUCAUGAGUGAACAGAUUAUUCUGGAUUCGGGAAAAUCGAAGUUAGAACCUGUGAUAGAAUCGUCUAGCACGAAGAAGAAGCUUCUGAGUUUAUCCCCUGAAAAUAGUCUUCCUGUAACUCUGUUUGGGAGAGCAAGGCAAAGUUCUCAGGAAUGUGAUCAACUACAUGAGAGAAAAGUCAUACACACUCAAUGUGUAUACACCAAAACCUCGCCGGUAUUGGAAAAACUGAAUGUAAAGGUAGUAAUUGAGCCUUUACAAGAUGAUACUAAAGAAGAAACAGUAGAGAAGGAAUCUUGUACAAUCUUUUCUACUUCUACCUCAAAGGAGACUUGCAAGGAUCUUAGUGGGGAUUUGAGAAAGCUAUACAGAUCAAUGAACGCACCUGUGCCUCGGCCGCUACCAUCAUUGAUGGAGCUUAUGAACGCUAGGAAACGCUCUCGGAAUCACUUGAGUUUCUAGCUUGCGGUUGACAUCUUAGCCUGAUCACAUCAUUACAGUCUCAAUCCCUUAUAAAUUUUUAUACAGUGGAGAGAAUACAGUUUGUAAUGUUUUUUAUACACAGAAAUUGAUACAUUUUUUUGAAUAAAAGAAAUUGUUG